AUGCCGCCCACACGGCCCCUUUCGACACCCUGUCGGUACGGCUACAACUGCACCAGACCCGACUGCUUCUACGCCCACCCCAAGGACAUGCACAAGGAUCGGCCAAAGGACGAGAGGCCGCUGUGCACCUUCGGCAGCGGAUGCUUCAGGAAGGUAUGCCACAACGACCACCCCAACGGACGCAUUAUGGACCAGCUGAGAGCGAGCAUUGACUACUGCUCGUCGUGGAUGCUGGUGAGACCGCACGAGCUGGUGCGGGUUUCCGCCGCGUUCCAGGCGGCGUUUCCAGCGCCCAACGACGGCAAGGACCGGUGCGACUUCGUGGCUGCCGUUCCUGUGAGGUUGGCGUACAACGACUGGCAGCGAUAUCGGGGUAUUUCAACCACGGGCACCCCCGACGGGGUCCCCAGCAAUCCGCAACAGAUCCAGCUCUACCCCCGGACCCGUAAGGGAGAACGCCUCCUGCAGGACCCUCAGAACCGCGUCGGGAUGCGGUGGUCACCGACGCCGUACCGGCCGUGGAAGACGCUGGAGAGAAUGGCCACCCACGACCAGUAUUGGGAAAGCAACCAGGACCACUACCUCUUGUGCGCGGGGUACGAAGCCUUCCCCCCCGGGAGCGGCGUGUACAUCGAGUUGUCCGUGACCGACAUGAUGAAGGCCGAGGACGCUGGGGACGGGCAGCGGGCUGGCGCGCGGGUGGCGCGGGAGGUAUUGGGGUUACCUGGCGCCAAUGGCCAGAAGUGGUUCGUGUUUCAUGUGUCGCGGCCAGACGAGGCACACGAGGAGGCGUUCAACAUAACCAUCCGGGCGAUCGUGGACACGAGCAAGAUGCCUGGGGUACCCCGCCCUCACGAGCCUGGCCGAGCGCCGCAGCUGGCGCAGCCCCCGGUGCUGCCGCCACCGCCAUCGACCGUUAGGUCGGCGUUCGACAGGCAGAACGUGGACUUAAAAGCUCUCAAGAUGAUGACCGCGGAGAGCGAGCUCUCUGGCAUCGCCAUCCCGCUGGGCCCGCGAAUAAAGCUCAUGAAGGAGCUUGGCAUCGCAAGGGGUCGAUGAACGCGGCAGUGGCGGUGGCGUCAGCGGCAGUCCCCCCCCCCCCCCCCCCCGGGCCAACGUGUUGUGCCCUCGUUGCUUGUGAUGGCACUCCCGAUUGAGAAGGCCACAAGAAGAAACGGCAGUGCUUUGUUUGGCGUCGCUGUUUGGGGGGCGCCGUGGUCAGCACCGAGAAUAUUACGGGGGGGGGAGGGUGAUAGCUGCGGGAUGAGCUGCAGCAGAUCUGCACCCGCGGAGCAGGCGCCGCGGGCGGCGGCGCCGGAGAGACGGGUAGGGCGGACAUGCUGUUCGUCCUGCCUUCCUGCCGGCCAAGCACAGCAACGGCAGCGGGCGUGCUGCGUGGUAGCGCCCCGCGCUAAUCGGUGCGGAGAGUUUUUUGCGAAAGUAGACAUUCGCGAAGUUGUACCGCAUGGUGUGUUGGGUGUUGGGUGAAUGGGUUUGCGCAGAGCAGAGUGUACACAUCGAGCGCCCGAAGAUUGGAGCAGCUUGGGGGGCGGGGAGCUUGCAGCACGGUGCGCGGCACAGGAAUGGUCCCAGUGGGGCGAGAGAUGUAGAGAUGGCUGAGAGCAACAAUCACCCAAGCAGUUUGAGCUGGAAGGUGUUUGGGGGGGGGGGGGGGGUUGAGGAAGAGUAUUUUGCUGGAGGACACCUCCAUGUCAGACGACCUUGGUUUCAUUUUGGGUCGUAUUCGUCGCUGGCAUCAACAAGCAUGUUGAUGAACAAAACGCUGUAAUUUUUCCGGGCGGAAGGUCAAGGGCUGGCCUGCAAGUAGUAGCUUAUUUCGCGAGGGGGUUGCUGCUUUUGGUGCAGAUCGGGUGUGGCUUCACCUUCCAAAGCUUUAAUAGGUGGGCGGCGGGGUUCUGACGACAUUCCGGUUUGCUUUUCGGUGUCCUUUGGUGUCGUAGUUUGUCCUCUUAUUCGAAUCCCUCUUGGUGAACCCAACAAAACAUGUAGAAGUACGUGCUAACGUUUUCCGGUCUACGGUACGAGGGAAGGAAAAAGGAGAAUGACCUUUUAGAGAAGCGUUCCGGCGUUUCCACGCUGUUUGCCGGUGCGAGUAUGCUUCGGGGCGUUGCUUUACGUAUCGCUGCCGAUUGUUGCGCACUUUCUUGUAUUCACGUCGCCACGAGUUUUGAGGUUCUGCGCAGGUUGGGAGGAGCAGGGGGGUCAAGCCCAUCCCCU